CGCGUUAGGAUGCCUCCCCCUGGAUACUCCGAUGCCGACAGUGAUAAUAUCACGGAGCAUCACACAUUCAAGUUAAUUAAGAUGGGAAAAGCCAAGGGAAAGAGUUUAUCAAUGAUUUUGUCGCAUAUAUCCAGCGAUGCAUCUCCAUUGCGAGCGUGUAUGGCUGUAACCCGGAAAACUGGCGAGUGUUGAUUAUCUUGGCCCCUCUAGGUUGUAGUUCUGUUGUGGAUGCGUUCAUCUUGUUGUUAAUAAGAGCACACAUUGGAUUGAUUACUCCGUUGGUCGGGCUAGAAAGUGCUUAUCCAAGAGCCAGUAAAGCCACACUGUCGCUGCCACUGCUGAGGCUUCCUAUAGCGAAAUUUGCGCGGUCUCUUUCAGUGAUAAUUCGAUUUGGUGUCCAACACGGUGCGCAAAAAUUUUCUGGCUUAAUCGGGGGAAGUUUGUUCACGAGGUAUUUCUGAGAGUUUGGUUCCUCGGGUGUUAUCGAGAAGGUAAAAUUUACACGGAAGGAAACUCUGAUUGUGAAAGUGCAGGAUAUUCUUUACAAAGGCUCCUUGGAUAAGUUUCAAUAUGGUUACCAAAUAUCUGGUAGUGUUGGCAAAAAGAUUACCAACAAGCACACCAUGUCGCAAUCCAUUUUCGCCGUUUGCAAACCGAAACCUUAUCAACCAUGUCCGAUGCAUCUCAACACUAAGAGAGAAAUUGACGGACCUCACACCAAAAGUGCGAGCUUUCGUUGAGGAAUCAAUUGACCUCUGUCAACCGGAUAAAAUACACAUUUGCGAUGGAAGCGAAGGCGAAAAUAAUGCCUUACUAAAGCUGCUUCAGCAAAAUAGCACCAUCAAGCCUCUGCCAAAAUACGAAAACUGUUGGUUAGCACGGACGAAUCCUGCGGAUGUGGCUAGAGUUGAAUCCAAAACUUUUAUCUGUACCGAUCGUAAGGAAGAGACGAUUCCCACUCCAAAAACUGGAGUUAAGGGAGCUUUAGGUAAUUGGAUCUCACCAAAGGACUUUGACAAAGCCAUCGACGAACGCUUCCCGGGCAGCAUGAAAGGAAGGACGAUGUAUGUAGUGCCAUUUUCUAUGGGACCAGUGGGAUCGCCUUUAUCUAAAAUUGGCAUCGAAAUUACUGAUUCCGCAUAUGUAGCUGCGUCGAUGAGAAUUAUGACAAGAGUAGGAACUCCGGUGUUGAAUCAGCUUAAGAAACAUGAAGAGUUUGUGGAAUGUUUGCACUCCGUUGGAACGCCUGCGAAUGGAGUGGUAGACGUACCGUCGUGGCCUUGCGAUCCAGAACGCACAAUCAUUUUGCACAAACCAGCGGACAAUUUGAUUGUCUCCUACGGUUCCGGAUACGGUGGGAAUUCACUCCUGGGAAAAAAAUGUUUUGCUCUCCGUAUUGGAAGCACAAUUGCCAAACGCGAAGGAUGGUUAGCUGAACACAUGUUGAUCCUUGGUAUAACAAAUCCUAAAGGAGAGAAGAAAUAUAUUGCAGCGGCGUUCCCUUCAUCUUGUGGAAAAACUAAUUUGGCGAUGAUGACUCCAUCCUUGCCUGGCUAUAAAAUUGAAUGUGUAGGAGAUGACAUAGCGUGGAUGAGGUUCGAUUCUAACGGUGUCCUGCGAGCAAUUAAUCCAGAAAAUGGUUUCUUCGGUGUUGCUCCAGGAACUGCCCACAACACAAACCCUAAUGCAAUGAAAACAAUCUUUAAGAACACGAUUUUUACGAACGUUGCUGAAACGUCAGAUGGAGGAGUAUUUUGGGAGGGUCUGGAAAAAGAAUUACCAAAGAAUGUUAAAAUUACAGACUGGCUCGGUCGUGCUUGGCAACUUGGUGAAACUAAGACUCCGGCAGCACAUCCUAAUUCACGCUUCUGUUCACCAGCUGGACAAUGCCCGAUAAUCGACCCGGCCUGGGAAGACCCUAAAGGUGUGCCAAUCAGUGCAAUUCUGUUCGGAGGACGCAGACCAGCUGGCGUACCGCUGGUAUAUGAGGCUCUUUCAUGGUCUCACGGUGUUUUCGUGGGAGCAGCUAUGCGAAGUGAGGCUACUGCUGCAGCUGAAUUCAAAGGAAAGGUAAUCAUGCAUGAUCCCUUCGCUAUGCGUCCGUUCUUUGGCUACAAUUUCGGCGACUACCUGAAACAUUGGCUGAGUAUGGAGGAAAAGGGUCAAAUGCCGAAAAUUUUCCAUGUCAACUGGUUCCGCAAAGGCUCAGAUGGUAAGUUCCUUUGGCCUGGGUUUGGAGAGAAUUCGCGAGUACUUGAUUGGAUUCUAAGAAGAAUUGAUGGGGAAGAAUGUUUCGAGGAGACCGCUAUUGGCCGAAUUCCUGCAAAAGGAGCGCUUCAUGUGGAUGGAAUGAAAGAGAAAGUUGAUCUUGACCAAUUAUUUUCACUUCCAAAGGACUUUUGGAUGGAGGAGGUCGAGGACAUCCAGAGGUAUUUCGACAAUCAAGUUGGUAAUGACUUGCCCGCCAAGGUUGCUAAGGAGUUGAAUGAACUUAAGGCACGCGUUUAUAAAAUGUAGAAAUAUUUUUAAUAUUUGUUUUGCCGAUUGUACAUAAGAGUUCAAAAGUUGAGUGUAACUAUUUUUUGAAAUUGCAUUUAAAGAUCGAAAGCUAGCAGACUUGCAUAGAUGGCGUUAAGGAUUUUAAACAGUAGCUGUAAGUUCCAUUGUGAUAUCUCAAUUUGUUUCCAUUUUUGAGCGAUUAAAGAAAAUAAAGG